CCCGGCGCUUUGGAGAUCUGGCGUCUCCUUCAAUGGAUUCACCUCCAGGCGGAGAGCCGCAGCUGCGAUCCCGGGGGAAGCAGAAAGUUUAGCAGCAGAAGAUCUUGCUCGGGAAAGACGGGAGCGAAGGCAAGGAAGGAAGGAAGGAAGAACGCCAGAAAGGAAGAGAGCAAUCCAAAAGUCUUGGAGAGGUUUUUAAACUCCGGACCAUGUGAAAAACCGGCUGCAGAAUAUAUAUUUUUCCCCUUCUGCUUGUGCACAAAAUGUCCAGAUUUGGGUGAAACUAAUCCAGCAAGAUUUUGCAAAGAAGCUCUGGCUAAAACAGCAGCAACAGGCGCUGUGUGUUUACCAGCCUCUCCUAGGGUGGAGUCGGCGUCCCCGGGGUCUUCUCCAGAACACCUGCAGCCAGCGGCCCAUGGACAAGUGGACGAGGGUCUUCUAACCAGUGGGAUGGAGGACACAGUCUCCAAGGGAGAGACCCAGGCUCUCCCCUCCCCGAAGGGGCCUUCGGACUGCAAAGAUGGAAGCGAUUGCAUGGAGAACCGGCAUCUCCUGGACAAAGGGAACGAGGCCACCUUGGAACUGACCGAUGGGAUCCAGAAACCCAACCCAGCCAGCCACGGGGAAAACAGGGCCACCAGUCCGGUCUCCAACGGCUUCUCCGGAGCCCAGAGCCCGCUCGGUGUUGGCAAGGCGGCAGGAGAGCCCCUGGCUCUCCCCUCUGGGCCCUCCCCUGGCCCGCCGACCACCGCCACCUUCGUGGUGGCAGGACCUCAACUGCCCUUGGCGGAACAGCGGGAGAGGGAAACCUGGAGUAAAAAAAUGGACUUCCUCCUCUCGGUCAUCGGCUACGCGGUGGAUUUGGGUAACGUUUGGCGCUUCCCGUACAUAUGUUACCAAAAUGGAGGAGGUGAGUUCCAAGGCUUGAAAGAACAUUGAAGGUAGAGGAAUGGAGGUGGAAGGGACCUCGGAGGUCUUCUAGUCUAGCCCCCUGUUCAUUCAGGAGAUUCUAAACUAUCAUGGAGAACGGUUGUUCAA